CCAGAGUCUCCACCCCUGAUGGAGCAGAUCUCGCGAGCACGCCUCCUCUCGCGAUAUCGCACAGCAUCGCCGCUCUGCUGCAGUGGCGUAUAAUAAAGCGGCGAGACUCGCGGGCACGAGAGGAGGAGCUGCAAGGGCGCGCAGCAUCACGGCGUAAAUACAUCACGGAAAGCUCGCUUCCCGGAGAUCAUCUGUGUCUUUGGAGUCCUCGUGAGCGCACACACCGGGCAGCGCGUCGGAUAUUUCCUCGAGCGCGGUUAACUGGCCAGCAGUUGGUGACUGGACGUGCCGCUGCUCUUCAUUUGCAUCCGCAUGUGCGUUACUGUAGUCUUCCUGCAGCAUCAGUCACACUUAUCGAACUUCAGUCGGACACUAUCUGUGUGGGAACGCGCUCCUGACCCGUCAUGUCGUCUCCUCCGCCCCCGAGCGACCAUCUCUCCGCGCCCGAGCCUUACACGCGCGCCCCCGCGGGUCCGAGCCCGAGCCAGAGCCGCUUCCAGGUGGACCGGGUGUCAGAGGCCGCGGGGGACGGACACACAGCGGUGGCCCCCGACUCCCCGCCCGAGUACGCGCUCCGGGAUCCCGUGGCCGGCGGCGAGGAAGCCAAGGGCCGGUUUCGGGUCGUGAACUUCGCGGCCUCGAGUCCGGACGCGGCGCCGGCGGAGAUCGCGCAGAACGGGGACACGGUGAUGAGCGAGGGCAGCCAGCAGCACCAUCACUACGACACCCACACCAACACCUACUACCUCCGCACCUUCGGACACAACACCAUCGACGCCGUGCCCAACAUCGACUUCUACCGGAGGACCGCGGCUCCGCUGGGCGAGAAGCUGAUCAGACCCACCCUCUCCGAGCUGCACGACGAGCUGGACAAGGAGCCGUUCGAGGAUGGCUUUGCUAACGGCGAGGAGCUGACUCCUGCGGAGGAGGCCGCGGCUAAAGAAGCCUCCGAGUCUAAAGGAGUGGUGAAGUUCGGCUGGAUCAAAGGAGUGCUGGUGCGCUGCAUGUUAAACAUCUGGGGCGUGAUGCUCUUCAUACGAAUGACAUGGAUCGUGGGCCAGGCUGGAAUUGCGUAUUCCUGCAUCAUUGUUAUCAUGGCCACUGUAGUGACGACCAUCACGGGCUGCUCCACCUCUGCGAUCGCCACCAAUGGCUUUGUACGAGGAGGUGGAGCGUAUUAUUUAAUAUCUCGAAGUCUGGGCCCAGAGUUUGGCGGCUCCAUUGGUCUGAUUUUUGCCUUUGCCAAUGCUGUGGCCGUGGCCAUGUACGUCGUGGGCUUCGCAGAAACCGUAGUUGAGCUGCUCAACAGCUCUGGUGCACUCAUGUUCGAUGAGACUAAUGACAUCAGGAUCGUUGGGACCAUUACAGUCAUCCUGCUUCUGGGCAUCUCAGUGGCUGGGAUGGAGUGGGAGGCCAAGGCUCAGAUAUUCCUCUUGGUCAUUUUGAUCGCUGCCAUCUUCAACUACUUCAUUGGGGCCUUCAUUCCUGUUGAGUCCAAGGAGAAAUUUGGCUUCUUCAGCUAUGACGUGGGCAUAUUGGCGGAAAACUUUGGCCCAGACUUUCGAGGGGAGACGUUUUUCUCAGUUUUUUCUAUCUUCUUCCCGGCUGCCACUGGCAUUUUGGCUGGAGCCAACAUCUCAGGAGAUCUAGCAGAUCCUCAAAUGGCCAUCCCUAAAGGAACGCUGUUGGCUAUCCUCAUAACGGGCCUCGUGUACAUGGGGGUGGCCAUUUCUGCAGGUGCUAGCAUCGUGCGGGAUGCCACAGGGAUCGAGAGUAACAUGACUCUCGUUGGUUCAAACUGCACUGGUGCGGCCUGUAAGCUGGGCUAUGACUUCACUUCCUGCAGACCUGCAGCCGGAGUUGGGAAGCCUACCUGCCAAUUCGGCCUCCACAAUGAUUUCCAGGUCAUGAGUGUGGUGUCAGGCUUCGGACCCCUCAUCACGGCCGGCAUCUUCUCUGCCACCCUCUCCUCCGCCCUGGCUUCUCUCGUCAGCGCCCCCAAGGUCUUCCAGGCUUUAUGCAAAGACAAUAUCUACCCUGGAAUUGGAGUAUUUGGCAAGGGCUUCGGCAAGAACAACGAGCCCCUGCGAGGAUAUUUGCUCACCUUUGGCAUUGCCUUGGCCUUUAUUGUCAUUGCGAAGCUGAAUGUCAUCGCCCCGAUCAUUUCCAAUUUCUUCCUGGCCUCCUACGCUCUCAUCAACUUCUCAGUGUUUCACGCGUCGCUGGCCAAUUCCCCAGGAUGGAGGCCGAGCUUCAAGUACUACAACAUGUGGGUGUCUCUGGCCGGGGCCAUCCUGUGUUGUGUGGUCAUGUUCAUCAUCAACUGGUGGGCGGCCCUCCUGACCAACGUCAUCGUCCUGUCCCUCUACAUCUACGUCAGCUACAAGAAACCAGAUGUGAACUGGGGCUCGUCCACUCAAGCGCUGACGUAUCACCAGGCCCUGACACACAGUUUACAGCUGUGCGGAGUAGCUGACCACAUCAAAACCUACAGGCCACAGUGUCUGGUGAUGACCGGAGCUCCCAGCUCACGUCCAGCUCUUCUGCAUCUGGUCCAUGCCUUCACCAAGAACGUGGGUCUGAUGGUGUGCGGCCACGUGCGCAUCAGUUCCCGGCGGCCCAACUUCAAAGAGCUGAACAGUGAUAUGAUGCGCUACCAAAGGUGGCUCCUCCACAACAGCUCCAAGGCGUUUUACACUCCUGUGGUGGCUGAAGACCUUCGCCAAGGAACCCAGUACCUGCUGCAGGCUGCUGGUCUGGGCAGACUGAGGCCCAACACGCUGGUGCUCGGCUUCAAGAACGACUGGCACACUGGAGAUAUAAAGGACGUGGAGACCUACAUAAACCUGAUGCACGAUGCGUUUGAUUUCCAGUACGGUGUGGUCAUUCUCAGACUGCGAGAGGGACUGGAUAUCUCUCACAUUCAAGGCCAAGAUGAAUCUUCGGCUGUGAAGGAUGUGGUUAUUUCGAUGGACAUGAGCAAAGACUCAGACGGAGACUCGUCCAAACCCUCCUCCAAGGCCACCAGUGUCCAGAACAGCCCAGCGGUCCAGAAAGAUGAGGAAGAGGAUGGUAAAGCCCACACUCGGCCGCUGUUGAAGAAAGAUGAGCGCAGCCCCACUCUUCCUCUGGAUGUGGCUGAUCAGCGGCUGCUGGACGCCAGUCAACAGUUCCAGCAGAAGCAGGGGAAGGGCACCAUCGACGUCUGGUGGCUCUUUGAUGACGGAGGUCUGACUCUACUCAUCCCCUAUCUGAUCGCCAACAAGAAGAAAUGGAAGGACUGUAAGAUCCGUGUCUUCAUCGGUGGAAAGAUCAACAGGAUCGAUCAUGACCGCAGAGCCAUGGCCACACUGCUCAGCAAGUUCAGGAUCGAUUUCUCUGACAUCACGGUCCUGGGGGACGUCAACACGAAGCCCAAGUCAGAGGGUUUGACAGAGUUUGCUCAGAUGAUCGAGCCGUAUAAGCUGAGAGAAGAUGACAUGGAGCAGGAAGCUGCGGAGAGGCUGAAGAGUGAAGAGCCCUGGAGAAUCACAGACAACGAGCUGGAGCUCUACAAAGCCAAGAGUAACCGUCAGAUCCGACUGAACGAGCUGUUGAAGGAGCACUCGAGCACAGCCAACCUCAUCGUCAUGAGCAUGCCGCUGGCCAGGAAAGGAGCCGUCUCCAGCGCUCUUUACAUGGCCUGGCUGGACACACUAUCCAAAGACCUGCCGCCCAUCCUCUUGGUGCGUGGGAACCAUCAGAGCGUCCUCACCUUCUACUCCUAGAGCUCUCAGACUCAUGAUGAUGAUGAUGAUGAUGAUAGACAUUUCUCCACAGAGCUGAAACAAACAGACUCCUUCGACAGGAACGAUCUGGGUUUAUAUUGUCCGAGCACAGCUUCUUACACUGAUUAUCACUGUUAUCCUUAUUAUGACUGUCACAACUUUUUGAGUUGUGGAUUUUUUUUAUUUGCUCUCGAUGAAGCAAUAAUCACCUCAUUUCUUGUUUUCUCACUUUGAAGAAAAACACUUUUGAUGGCCUUGUGGAUGUGCCUUUCUGUACAAUCAGAUUCAAUUCUUACACUUUUCCCUGACUGGUGAUUUAUAACGUGUUUUUAUUGGGUUUUAAAUGUAAAUCUUCCUUGAUUUGAUCAAGUUUUAACUGAGGUUUCCACUGCGUCAUGUUUUCUCUUUCUUGUAAAGCAGUUUCUUGUAUUUUUUCUUCAGUUUUAUGUCUUCCUUUAAGAAUGGGAUGAGCUGUGGAGUUCCUCCAUGUUCUUGUUACAAUGAUCGAGCUGAACUACAGGGUGAUUACAAUCUUUCUUCAAGUAGUCUGCUGUACCAGAACUAUAUUAGUUUCCCUAGUGUGCAGCUGAAUGGUUUUGGAGAGAUGAAGACUGCCGAAGCGCUCCAAUCACAGAUCCUGCUGCAGAGCGCACCUUUGCCUUAACAGAUGACUUCAGACUUCCUUCCUUCCCUCCUGCUGUCAUCGCUCCGUGUGUGUCUGUGUUAAGGAGAUCCCGAGAUGUGUUCAUGUGUCACCUGAAGCUGGAAGAAUGUGCUGGGUGAUGAAUGAGACGGAUGUGUUCCUCUCUGCAGGAGCCGUGCGUCCGUGUGUCUGAUCGUCUGUAACGUAGUUUUCUUCAGAUUCGCUCUGUUCUGUUCUUGAAUGUGAUUGGUUUGUCCGGUUGAUUCUCGUGAUUGAAUGCUGGGAUGUUUGAGCAGAUGUUUGUCGUAUGGCCCAUCAUGCCUUAGUUUAAGCGAGAGCACGUCUGACACUAGUUCUGCUCUGUGUACCUGAGAAAUACUCCAUGUGACAAAGUUAGGAUCAAUAUAUUCAUAUGUCUAGUUCUCAUUAAGUGUGUGUGCGGCAGGUGUUUGAUUUGAAGUGACUCUCACCUGCUCUGUGUGUGUUCAGCACCUGACACUGAUGAACAAGUCGAGUCAAACACCUGUCUGUCAUCUGUCGAGAGAGAAAAGGGAGAGUGUGUCAAGCGUAUGAUGUGUUGGAGGAGACCUUCCUCUGCUGUUUCUGUAGAUCAAGCCGUCUUCUCAUCUCUCGUGUCAUGGUGUUUCUCAUCCUGCAGAAUGUGUUGCCUAAGUCCGUUUCAUUUCUCGGUAGCUUAUUUCUACAUGUGAAAAUGAGUUGACACCUCGAGGUCAGCGAGCUCCAGCUCUCGUUCACACUAGACUUCCUCACUAACUUAUUUAUCUUUAUAUCUUUAACCUAAUAAGAUUAAUCACAGGAGAGGAAUAAUAACAGUACAUUCAUAUGGUGAGAAACAUGUCUGAGAAGUGGUUCUCUUACAGUAGUUUCAUGUGAUUUUUCUUCAGUAGUUUGGGUUUAGUCUGCAGAUUCUCAUAAAGAAGGCUCUUGAGCAGGGUCUGACCGACUGAUUGUGCUGGAACAGUAAUGUUUUAAUAUACUGUACUGUUAUUUGUCACAUGUAUGCUUUUUUCUAACGUUGUAAUGGUAAAGGGUAUCAAUGCUUUGUACAUCUUUAUUGCAAUAUAUAAAAAUAAAGUGAUGAUAAUUCUG